AUGAAUAUAAAAAAAAAGUUUUUGAUAGUUUUUUCUUGUUCGUUUAUUUUAAAAACAUUUUGUGCUCUCCGAUUAAGGGAUGUAAGAGAGUAUUAUUCUAACGAAAUAAGAAAUUAUAAGGAAAAGCAAAAUGACAAUUUAGAGAAAGGAAAUUUUCCUCAACCAAUUGAAAAAAGAAAGAAUGUCAAUUUAAAAGAUGUAUCGGCUAAUAUUCUAGAGCCGAAUGAAAUAUUGAGAAGCAAUCCUGUAAAGUUCGAUUUUGCAAAUAUGAAGGAACAUUUCAAUUCAAAGAAUUUUUCGAUGAAUAAUGGUAUGCAAAACAACCAGGACUAUCUUCAACGUUAUAAAAAUUUUAAAACAUUAAACACACAAAACAAUGUAGAUGAUGUGAAUUCGUCGAACCAACAAACAAGUGGUACAUAUAGUAAUUUAUCACAAAAAGGAGAUGAUGAACAAACAUAUGAUAACCGUACGCUCAAUAACAAUAGUGUUAUAAGUAAUUACGCUAAAGAUAGUUCGUUUUAUGAAAGUCUGUUGAGCAGUGAACAUGCACCACAUAACUUGGCAGAUGAUAUGUCUCUAAAUGAUAGAGGUAGAACAAUGAACAAGGAUGACGUUAUCACUUUAGACAGCUCUACAAACGAUUUAGAAGACGAUACGAUUGACUAUUUUUCAAAUGAUGAGGAUUACACAUUAGGCAGUGAUACUAACUAUUUAGACGUCGAUACACCUGAUUACUUAUCAAAUGAAGAUGAUUUCGAAGUAGGCAGUGAUACUGACUAUUUAGACGAUGGUGCAACAUACUUCUUUUCAAAUGAUGAUGAUGUCGAAGUAGGCAGUGGUACUGACUAUUUAGAUGAUGAUGCAAUAGACUUCUUUUCAAAUGAUGAUGAUGUCGAAGUAGGCAGUGGUACUGACUAUUUAGAUGAUGAUGCAACAGACUACUUUUCAAAUGAUGAUGAUGUCGAAGUAAGUAGUGGUACUGACCAUUUAGAUGAUGGUGCAACAGACUUCUUUUCAAAUGAUAAUGAUGUCGAAGUAGACAGGGGUACUGACAAUUUAGAAGACGAUACGAUUAACUAUUUUUCAAAUGAUGGGGAUUACUUAUUAGACAGUGAUACUGACUAUUUAAACGACGAUAUCACUGACUACUUGUCAAAUAAUAAUGAUUAUUUAUUAGACAGUUACACGGAUGAUGCAGACGAGGAUGGUACUGACAACAUUCUAAAUAGUAAUACCCGUGAUGUGUUAAACAGAGAUAAAUAUAUUAGCAAAAAUGAUGAUAGUGAUUCUUUGAAUGUUUCUAAUGCUUUCAAUAAUAUAUAUAAUAAUUCUUUAAGUAACAAAAAUGAAACUUUUCUUGAAUUUCCUAAUAAAAUUCUUCAAUUAGAUAAAAACGCAAAAUCAAAUACAAAGGUAAGAACUAAUGAUACGGAAAAUUUAACUACUGGCAAUAAAAAGGACACCAAUACUAAAGAUAUAAUAAAAUCUAAUAAAAUAAACGACACUGUAAAUAAAUUCAAUAAUGAUAACACAUCGGACCCUAAGAACAAAUAUAACAUUAAAAACGAAAUAGAAACAAACGAAGUGGACAAAAAAGGAGUAGGCAAAAACGUAGACAAAAAAGAAGUAGAAACAAAGAAAGUAAACACAGAGCGUAAAGGUAAUUCUAAAGAAGAGCUCAAAAAUAACAACACAAUUGGUUUUAAAGAAAAAAAUACUAUUAACGAAUUAUUCAACAAUAGCAAUAAACAUAAUUCGAAGGAAAUAUUAAAUAAUAUCAAUACAGCUAACGCUAAGGGUGUAUUAAAGAAUAGCAGUAAAACAAAUAAUAUUGACAAACCAAAAGAUGAGAAACAGUUCAAUUCGAAAAACAAACUAAACAAGGACAAUGAAACUAACUUUGAAGAUAAACCAAUUUCUUCCAGUAAAAAUAAUUCCGGACAAGCGUUAAAAAAUAGUAGCAAAAGUUAUGGUAAGAACAAGGGCAACUAUAGGCACAAAUUAGGUAAAAACAAUAGUAACAGUAAUAGUAAUAGGAGUAAUAGUAGUGAUAGUAGUAAUAGUAGUAGUAGUAGCAGUAGUAGUAGUAGCAGUAGUAGUAGUAGUAGUAGCAAUAACAAAUUUAGCAGCAGGGACAUAGCUAAACCCAAAGAUACAUUAAAUAAGAACAAAAUUCAUACUAAUGACAGCUCCAAACCUAAAUAUAAUGGAUAUAACGGUAAGGAUAAAUCUAACAGUGUAAAUUCAACUAAUAUGGGAUAUAUAGCAAAAUCUAAUAAUAAAGAAGCGAAAAAUGAAUACACAUUAAAAAAUAAAACUAAUUAUAAGGAUAAUGACUAUACUGGGGAUAAAUCAAGCACUACUGGUGAAGCUAAUGCAGAAAGUAAAACUCUAAUUAGGAACAAAAUUAAUAGGAGAAAAUAUAUUGAUAAAAACACGAAUGAUAAAAACACGAAUGAUAAAAACACGAAUGAUGAAAAUGCGAAUGAUGAAAACGCGAAUAAUGAAAACGAGAGUGAUGAAAACGAGAGUGAUGAAAAAGUGAAUGAUGAAAAAGCGAAUGAUGAAAACGCGAAUGAUGAAGGCGCGAAUAAUGAAAACGAGAGUGAUGAAAAAGCGAAUGAUGAAAAGAAGAAUUAUGAAAAGAAGAAUAAUGAAAAAAAGAAUGAUAAAGGGAAAGACAAAAGUAACUCUCAAAAAAUGGUAAAAAUAGAAAACAGCAAAAAUGUGGAUAAUACCGUGGACACGUUAAGGAGUAACAACAAUAAAGCUAGUGCUACGGAGAAAUAUCAUAGAGAAAAUGAAUUAAAUGGUAUAAAAAAUAAUAUAAGUAGUGAUGAUAAUAGUUUACUUGUAAAUGAAGUUAAAAAUGAACGUGAUGAUUUAUCAACACCACCGAAGAGUGAAACGAUAAAUAUAAAUGUUAUAUCUAACCCUACCUUUGAAAUUAGUGGAAAGCAUUCGCUCAAUAAGAAAAAGCAUAACACAAAGUCAAAAAAUAAAAAGAGGAAACAUCGUUCACAUGUAAGAAGUAACGAUGACUAUGAGUACGACAGAGGUAAGGGUGAUAAUAGCAGCAUUCACAGUAGACAUAUUAUCGGUAGUAGUGAUAGAAUUGAUAGCAGUGGUAGCAGUGAGAGCACUAAUGUCGGGGAUGCGUCCAUAGUAGAGAAGACAAACAGCAGAGAAAUUGUAGAAGCUAAAAAGGAGCAUAAUAAUACACGAAACAAAAAAAAUAGAGAUUUAACUGAUCUGAGCUACAGUGCAAAUAAUCCUUUAGAGUAUACGGAAAAUAAAAAGGAAAAAUACGAUAAAAAUAUUUCAUCUGAAGAUAAUGAAAAGGGUAUUAAGAAUAAUACACCGGAAGUGUCGGUUUCAAUAGUAGUACCAGAAAAUUUUGAAAAAUUAAAAGAAGCUAAAGUUGUAAAACAAGGAACAAAACAUGAAAAGGAAGAGAAAAAAAUAUUGUUCUUACAGAUGAACAUGCAGGAUGGUAACGGCAGCAUGACUAUUGAAACGGAGGACGCCGAGAAUGAUGAUGAUGAGGACAGCAACAAUACUGAAGCCAUAAAUCAUUUAUCUGAUGAAAGUGAUGAAGAGGAACAUUCAAUUAGUUUAGAUGAAGAAGGGCACGAAUCACUGAAUGAUUUAAUAAAAGAAAAAAUGAAAGAAGAUAAAAAUUUAGAACAGUUUAAUGAUGAUGAUAAAAGUAGUGUAGAGAAUAUAGAAAGUUCUGAACAUCCAUUAAUUAGAAAAAAGAAAAAUAUAAUAAGAAAUUCUCGUAAAGUGUAUAAUUUACAUUUGUAUAAUUGUUCUUUCAUAGAUGAUUGGGACAUAAAUCAUGAAUAUAUUGAUGAAGAUGGGAAAUUAGUAAAAUUAAGUGGAUAUGUUUUUCAGAAUAUGGUCAACUCAGAUACUAUGCCUACUACCAAUAUUACUGAUUGGAAAUUAAAAGGGUCAUGUGAUUAUGAUAAUUAUAUUUGCGGUGCUUUGAACUAUAUGAAUAAUAUGUACAGUAAAGGGGAGAGGGUUAUAUUUGAAGGAAAAAUAUAUGAAGCUGUCAGUGAUACUUAUGCCACGCCUAAGGAAUUGGAAAAUUUGUGGAUUGAAAAAACGAAUGAUUGUUACAAUUUUUAA